AAGCGCUUCAGCGGCGGUGGCUCUCCCAAAUAGUAUUACCGUUGAUUAUUUGUGCCUUUCCGCCGACAUGGAUUCAACACCCACAAAAGAGGCCGAGAAGAACUGCGUCCUGUGCUGCCAAGAAGUGGAUAUCUUCGCCUUAGGGAAAUGCGACCACCCGGUUUGCUACCGCUGCUCCACCAAAAUGAGGGUGCUGUGCGACCAGAAGUACUGCGCCGUCUGCCGGGAGGAGCUCGACAAGGUGGUGUUUGUGAAAAAACUGGAGGCCUUUCAGAGUCUGCCCUAUCAGCAGUUCCCCACUGAGAAGAAGCAUGACAUCUAUUUCGGUGACGAGAAGAUCUACGCCCAGUACAGGCAUUUGCUCUUGGCAACGUGUCCUCGCUGUUCAGAGCCCAAGGUUUUCUCCAAAUUUGAGGAGCUGGAGCAGCACAUGAGGAAGCAGCACGAACUCUUCUGUUGCAAGCUCUGCACAAAACACCUCAAGAUCUUCUCCCAUGAGCGGAAGUGGUACAAUCGAAAGGAACUGGCACGUCACAGAGCGCAUGGAGACCCAGAUGACACCAGUCACAGAGGACACCCGCUCUGCAAGUUCUGCGAUGACCGCUACCUUGAUAAUGACGAGCUGCUGAAACAUUUGCGCAGGGACCACUAUUUCUGCCAUUUCUGUGAUGCAGACGGUUCUCAGGAAUACUACAGUGAUUACCAGUAUCUAAGCGAGCACUUCAGAGAGAGUCACUAUCUGUGCGAGGAAGGUCGCUGUGCCACAGAACAGUUCACUCAUGCAUUCCGCACCGAGAUCGACUAUAAGGCCCACAAGGCUGCAGCACACAGUAAGAACAGAGCAGAGGCUCGACAGAACCGCCACAUCGACCUGCAGUUUAACUACGCCCCGAGACAGCAGAGGAGAAAUGAAGGUCUGGUUUCAGGUGAGGACUAUGAGGAGGUUCGUCACAAUCGAGGAGGAAGAGGAAGGCCUCAGGGGGGACAGAAGAGCUGGAGGUACUCCAGAGAAGAAGAGGACAGGCAGGUGGAAGCUGCUAUGAGGGCAUCAAUGGCGAUGCGUAGACAGGAGGAGAGAGGAGCAGUGCAGGAGAGGAGCGCUCCCAAACACUGCAGAGAGGAGAGAACAGAAAGAGCAGAACCAGAAGAGCCCAGACACCGGACCGGACAUGUUAAACCAGCAAGCAAACCAGCAAACAAACCUCCAGUAAGAACAAUGAAGAGCACUAAUCCAGGGGAUGAAGAGGAUGACUUCCCAGCUUUAGGAGCCACAGCUGCUGCACCCAUUGUAAAGACAGCUCCUGCGGCGGCUACAGCAUCACAUGCAGCUCUGAAGGAAGAUGACUUCCCAAGCCUCUCCACUGCAACGGUUUCAUCCCCCAUGACCCCGGCUUACUCUGCCCAACCCAGGAAGACAUCCUCUUUUCAAGAGGAGGAUUUCCCCGCUCUCGUCUCCAAAAUCCGGCCCCUCAAACCCACAGCGGGUGCCAGUUCUGCUUGGUCCAACCAUACUGCUGUAGCUAAACCCACUACUCAUCCUCCUCCUUCCUCCAGACCUCCCCCUCCCCUUGCGUCCUCGGGCCCUCAGCUCCUCUCCUCCUCAACCUCAUCAUCUUCACGGAGGAAAAAGAAAGUAGGGGACAAUGGAAAAGCAGCAUCGAGUCACUCGCCCGCUCUUUCUGAUGACGAGAGUGGAGGAAUGACGCAGCAGGAGUUCCGCUCGGUGCCCACCAUGUUGGAUAUCUCCUCUCUGCUCACUGUAAAAGGAGGCACCAGCAAAACUUCCACCGUGACCUCCAGCACGUCAAAUCCAACCCCCAACACUGAUCUCUCUACCUCUAAAGCCAACAAGAAGAAAAAACAGAAGAACCCCGCUGCGCCCGCUACAUCUGUGUCUGCAGUGUCAGGGACGACAGCAACUGCAAAUACGAUCUCGGUGGAAACGGCAGCACAAAAGGAAAAUGUCCCUGAGAAAACUUUGAGCAAACCGCUUUCCAAUGUCGUGACCGCAGCACUGACGAGCGGCUUGGCUAAUGGCUACCCUGAGAAAUCCCCUCCCAGCAAAGAUGCAGCUGUGGAAGCCCCUCAUCCCAUCACAGACCCCACUCUUGAACCGGAGGAGGAAUUCCCUGCACUCAUGACCAAGAAACCACCACCAGGCUUCAAGACCUCUUUCCCACUGAAGGCCUCAACUUCUGCACCAUCCUCCACAAUGCCCCCUCCUCCACCGGGCCUGGGAAUCUCUGCCCCUAAACCUCCACCAGGAUUCACAGGGAUUCCUCUCAACAGCAAUGUGGUGGAGCCUGCACCUUCUGCAGUCAACCCGCCCCCCAAGGUGUCAAACAGUGGUUACCUGGUGCCAGAGGACUUCCACCAAAGGAACCUGGACCUGAUCCAGUCCAUCAGGAAAUACCUCCACAAUGAUGAGUCAAAGUUCAACCAGUUCAAAAACUACUCUGCCCAGUUCAGACAGGGGGUGAUAUCAGCAGCCCAGUAUCACCGCAGCUGUAAGGACCUUCUCGGGGAUGACUUCAACCGCAUCUUCAACGAGCUGCUGGUGCUCUUACCGGACACCGGCAAGCAGCAGGAGCUCCUGACCGCCCACGGAGACUGUAAGGCACGAGAGAAGCAGUCUGGGGCUGGAGGAGGAAAGAAAAACAAGAACAAGAAGAAUGCCUGGCAGACGCCUGCUACGGUAGCGAACGCAGCUGCUGAGCUGGACUGCCAGGUGUGCCCCACUUGCAGACAGGUACUGGCCCCCAAAGACUUCAACUCCCACAAAACCCUGCACAUCGGCGAGAGCGAGGAGUUCCCUUCCUUGCAGUCAAUUAGUCGUAUCAUCAGCUAGCCCCCCUCCUCACUCUUCCUCUGAUCCAUUUGCCAUUUUGGGGCAAAUUUUCAGUUGCCCCUGCAGUUCGGUCGAAGCCCUGCAGCAGUCAGUGUGGGGAAACAGCUGCCUGUUUCCUGUUAGACCACAUCCCAGAGGAGUCUGACGCCUAUAUCCCAUAACACAGGAAGGUGGUUUAUGGUGUUAAUACUUUUGAAAGAGGAUUAUAUUGAUAGGUUUGUGUGAAUGAUUUUACAGUUUAGACACACAGGGCCGCUCCAACUUAACUCUUCUUUCAACUCACAUCCUUUGAGGACGUCUCCAGCUGGCACUGGCAACAUCUAAUUAGAAUUCCCAAUUUAUUUAAUGAAAGUGGAGAGAUGAAGGAUGGAGGAGGAUUUACUUGAAGAAUGCGUUGCUCCCUGACACAGAUAAUAAGUUAAUUUCCAUUUCUACCUUGCUUUGGGCUUUCACUUUAACAGAAGAUCACACAAUGUCUUGUUAACAUCAAAGUUAAUAAAGAAUGCAUGAUUCUCCAGCGGUGCUGCUUGCUUAAAUAACAAAAUAAACAAGUUCAGUUCAAAUAUUUACCACCAUUAUUUAUUUAAGCGUAACUGUUUAAUUGCUUUUAAUGGUGCGUUGCUUCACGCAGACGACGGCCCGGUAACAUGAGCGAAUGGAUUGUCAGAGGUUUCAUGUAGGGGGGGUAGUAAUGGAAGGUAAGCUGCUGCUGCUGCUGAAAUUAGGACACAUUUUGGUUGAAUGUUUUUCAAUAAAUACCGUUCUCUUGUAUUCUGUUCACAUCACUCACCAGUAGAUUUGAUUUGUUGAUUGAUGGGCUGGUUAAUCAGGGCCCGUGGUGUUGCACAUGCUUUCAAAUGGAAACUUAAAAAAAAAAAAAAACGGUGAAAGAGUUAUGUCGAUAUUUAUAGCCUUUAAGGACCAGCGGUACCACGAGGCAGUAAACACUAAGGUCAGUGGUAGCUCCAUUUUUAUUUCCAGCUUUUAUCAGUGUACACAUUUAGUUCUAAUCAAACAGCUCAGAGUAUUGUUAUUCCAACGUAGUCACUCCGAAGGGCAUGUUUAUUCUGUUUGUUGGAGGGGGGUUAUAUCUCAAAUCUGUUCAUCUUCUCUCUCAGGACCCUUAGCUUGCACUGCUGCCCACCCGGUUGUGCGUCUGCCCUGCGUUUGUGCGUCUGAAUGAGUGUUUGUGUACAUAGAGUUGGUCUACACAUCAUACAGCAGCUUACUCUAUUUUCUGUCGGCCUUCAAUAAAGCUGUUUCUGUCAGCAUUGUA